GGAGUGCUGUGCAAGGUUAUAAAGAUGGACAACUUGUAGAUUUAGUUCAUCAUUUUCCAUCCAUUCACUUAUUGGCCGUGUCCUAAGACCUCAUCUAAAAGUUUCAUCUGUGACCCCCUCCUGAUGGACUGGAAGUCUCUUGAAGCGCUCCUCAGUGGGGUGAAUAAAUACUCCACGGCUUUCGGGCGCAUCUGGCUCACUCUGGUGUUCGUGUUCCGCGUCAUGGUGUUUGUCGUGGCCGCCGAGCGCGUGUGGAGCGACGAGAAUCACAACUUUGACUGCGACACCAAAAGACCGGGCUGUCCCAACGCCUGCUAUGACUAUUACUUCCCCAUCACCCACACGCGCCUGUGGGCUCUGCAGCUUGUGUUUAUCACCUGUCCCUCCUUUCUGGUGGUGAUGCACGUGUGGUACCGCGAUGAGCGCGAGCGCAAAUACCGAGUCAAACACGGAGAGGGCGCCAAACUCUACGACAACACGGGACAGAAGCACGGGGGGCUGUGGUGGACCUACCUGCUCAGCCUCGUCGCCAAGACGACCAUCGAGGUGAUUUUUCUCUACCUGUUGCAUAUGGUAUAUCAUAACUUCGACAUGCCCCGCAGCGUGCAGUGUGACGUGGAGCCAUGCAGGCAUGUCACGUGUUACAUCGCGCGCCCCACCGAGAAGAAAGUUUUUACGUAUUUUAUGGUGGGAGCAUCGGCUGUGUGUAUCGUGCUGAACAUCUGUGAGAUGUUUUACUUGAUCUCUAUGCGCAUCCUACACUGCUGUCAGACCACAUCGGGCAGUAGAAAAUCAGAAUGUGUCGCCUGUAAUACCAUCAAACUUGUGGAUUACAAACCGACGUAUUCAGUAAAAGAAAGCAAGCAGUCAUAA